GUCAGAGCUGGAUGAUCUGGACCCAAAGCAUUCACCCAGCACACAUGCAUAGAGGCAACCUAUCUUGGCAUGCUGCUGGGGACCUUGCAGAGAGGGCAGAAGGGGAGCCCGUCAGCAUUCUUGGCCUCAUCCUUGGCGUCAGUCUCUCCCUCUUGAUACUUGGUGUCCUUAGCUAUACCAUUGCAAAGUGGUACCAGGAAGGACACUGCUGGAACAGGCCUAAUUUUGUCUUCAACCUUUACCAUAUCCGCAACCUGAAAUCGGUGGAGGUGGAACUGGCCCCUCCCUUCACCAUCAGUGGCUCCAUGCGUGAAGCAGGAAAUGGCUACGUGCGGUUCCAUGACAGAGGCACGUAAGUCUGAAGAGCUGCCAACUCUGAAUCUGGUCUCAGUGACUCUCUUUCCCAGCAAGAUCUUGGCGCUCAGGCAACUGCUUCUCCAAGAAGUCUCCCAGGAGUUUUGGAGCAGCUGGACAGCAGUAGCCAUUGGGCAUAUGGCUGCUUGGUCGUGGUGCUGUUCCACCCAGACUACCACUGUUGGUGCCAUCUUUUCAUACCCUGCACGGCUCAAGAGUCUGGACAAUGUGUGUGCAUAAAAUGGGAGAGAGUCUCUUCAGCUAUUCCUGGCUUUCUGUGAGAAAGGUUGCAGGACUUUUGACACAGUCCCUAAACAACCACUUAUAGGGAGCAGGGCUGGAGGAUGUUGGAAUCUCUGGGUAGGUCUCAGGAGAUUGUGCAAGCAUCCAGAUGAAACCAGAAGUUUGCAGAAUAUCCCUCCGCUCUGUCAGAAGCUGCCAGGCAGCCUCUGGGUUCUGUGCAGCUGCCCCAUGUGGAGAGGCACAGAAGUGCAGGUUCCCAUGUGUUUAGUGGUAAAUGUACUGCCCUAGCUCUGCCUACCCAGGCUGCCCAUUGAACCUCCCUGGACAAGGAGAGGGUUGCCGUUUUGCCUUCCUAGGUAUUCUCUAGUUCUGACCCCAUCCCAGGAUUUCCACUUGCUGGCUCCUUGGUUCUGGCUCCUGGUUGCUGUUCAUCGCCAGCUCGCUUGACCAACUCUUGGCUCCCAGCCCCUGCCCUCAGGAAAAAUGGGCCCCUGACUUGGAAGGCACCAAGCUGGUUGCCUCUCAGUGCUAAAAAGUUUCCUUCUUUGGGGAAAAGUUCUUUGCUGCUUUGGUCAGCCUUCAUCUCACCCCAUUCAAUGCUCGAAAACAGGACACUGUCCCCUUCUGCAAAGUGUAUGAAUGGCAUGAAUUGGAGUAGCCACUUGCAGGGAUCUGACUCCUUUCUACCCCAGAUGGUGGAACCUACCAAGAAGUCCCUAUGCACCCACGCUUGCCAUUGCCCCAUUGACCAGGUAGUAGCUCCAUGUCACAUUGCACUGAGGCCCCAUGAUUCAUGGUUUGGCAGUUCACCAGGGCAGACUAGAGAAAACUCUAUGAAGUGUCCUUGGGGCGAUGGCAGGCUGUGGUUUGGUGGCUUUGCUUUUUCAAGGCCUCGGUUUAGCUCCUGGCAUCUCCCAUUAAUCCGUGCCUUGGAUUGAAGAG